AUGUCCUCAAGAGUUAAUUCUAACUACCAGAGCUUUCUCGCACAUACUUCACCUCUUGUCCCUGUUCAUUAUCAUACGCAGGUAACUGGAGCGUCAUCUUUUUCAACGGUAGCUUCAGGAGCUGAAGCAAAAGAAGUGAGAAGGCCUCACAUCGUCCUCGGAGAUAUCUGGUCUGCUUAUGAAGAGUUUAGCUGUUAUGGUAAUGAAGUUCCUCUUUCUCUGGAAGGCAUCGACGAAGAUGUUACCUCGUACUAUGCUCCUACACUCUCAGCCAUGCAGAUCUUCACCAUCAAACCCUUCGCUGAUGACGGUGGUUCUUCUUCAAGGUUAGGUUUCUCUUGUCUCUCCCCAGCAUAUUGUGCGUCUUAUUUUUGCUUCUUGGUUACUGGGUUGAGUUCGUCGAUAGGAACAAAUGAUAGCUCAAGCUACCUUUAUUUUCAAUACAACGAGCUAGAAUUGCCGCACGAGAGGCAUCCACUGACUGCAAAGAUUGAGCAACUGGCUGAGCAGCACAGUGGGUUGCAUAGUCUGACAAGUUCAGAUCUUUCUCCAGAUAGCUGGUUGUCCAUAGCAUGGUACCCCAUCUAUCAAAUUCCAUCAGUGAAAAGCAUGAAGAAGGAGUUAUCUGCUGCGUUUCUAACGUACCAUAAAUUGAAACCAGACUUUCCAGAAACAUUUGUUGAGGAUGAUAAGAAGGUGAAAGAGAAAGGAAAGUCAAGUAGUGAAGAAGAAGUUGUGUUUCCUCCAUUUGGAGCAAUGACUUACAAGGCCGUUGGUAACGUGUGGAACAUGCCUUGGACAUCAGAUCAUGAUGAUAGAGAUAGGCAUGAAAAGGCUGCUUCCUCGUGGGUGGAAAAACUCGGCUUCGCUCACAGUGAUUACUGGUUCUUUUUCAGAUGCAAGUUCUAUUGUUACCCCCGUUAGUGAUGCGGUGCUGCUGGUAUUUAUCUCUCUCUAUCUCUCUCUGAUCUAGAAGAUGGACCUUAUCUUUAUCUUUCUCUCAGACAAAACUGCAUGUUAUUACUCUUGAGUUUGAGGUUUUUAAUUUGUUUCUUUACAUUUUCAAGAGGAAGCUAUUGGUUAAUAUUUUGGCUCAGCAAAACUCUAUCCCGAUUUAAAUAGAUUCAUCCCAAAAACAUUUCUAAAAUGCUCGAAGGAUGAAUGUGUUCUCUAGUCUUGAUAGUUCAAUUCUUAACAUGAAAAAAAAAGCAGAAAUGAUAAUGAAUUAUCAAUCAAGAAAUGUUUGUCAAUUAUAAAGUCUCAAUAAGAACUGGUUAAAAUUUGUCAUAUAUCAAUAUGAAUGUCCCUAUAAUUGUUUAAAAAAACUAAUUUAUUUAGUGCAUAAGAUUAAAAAGAAAAAUCUGUAACCAAUGUGGAACUUCAGUUUCACAUACAUAUAUAUAUCUUACAACUUAUAAUCUAAAACCA